AUGGCACCCAAGCGCAAGCUCGACGAGGCCCUUGCCGAGAAGCCUCAUGGAUACGAAUUCCUUGGACCCCCUGGCGCCUUUGUCAUCUCCUUCGGUCUCCCUGUCCUGGUCUACGUCUUCACCUUCCUGUGCAAUGACAUCUCAGGCUGCCCAGCCCCCGUUCUGCUCUCGCCCUCCCACUUCAGCUUGGACCAGUUGAAGACGGAAGUCGGCUGGUCCGGCGUGGGCGGCCUGCUCAACACCAAUGCCGUCCUGGGCACCCUCGGCUACUACCUGCUCAGUCUGACCCUGCACACCUUCCUGCCCGGCACCGACGUCAAAGGCACGGAGCUCAGGAGCGGUGGGAAGCUGGACUACCGUUUCAAUGCCUUCAGCUCGGCAAUCGUCACCAUGUCCAUCUUGGCCGCCGGCACCGUCGUGUACGGCGCCGACUGGACUGUCUGGACCUUCAUCACCGACAACUACGUCGCCAUCCUGACCACCAACAUCCUCAUCUCCUACUUCCUCGCCACCUAUGUCUAUGUUCGUUCCUUCAGCGUCAAGCAUCCCAAGGACCCCGGCAUGCGUGAGCUUGCUGCUGGCGGACACUCUGGCAACGUCCUCUACGACUGGUUCAUCGGUCGUGAGCUGAACCCACGUGUCGUGCUUCCCAUCUUUGGCGAAGUCGACAUCAAGGCUUGGUGCGAACUGCGUCCCGGUAUGCUGGGCUGGAUCAUCAUGGACCUUGCCUUCAUCAUGAAGCAGUACCGCAACCACGGCCGUGUUACCGACUCCAUCAUCCUGGUCACGGCGGCGCAAGCCAUCUACACCUUCGAUGCCCUGUACAUGGAGCCUGCCAUCCUCACCACCAUCGACCUCAUCGCCGAUGGCUUCGGCAUGAUGCUUUCCUUCGGCGACCUCGUCUGGGUUCCCUUCACGUACAGUCUCCAGGCUCGCUACCUCUCCGUCUACCCCGUCGAUCUCGGCUUCCAGGGUAUCGUCGCAGUCCUCGCUGUCCAGGGUGUUGGCUACUACCUCUUUCGCGCCGUCAACAACGAAAAGAACCGCUUCCGCACAAAUCCCGAUGACCCGCGUGUCAAGCACCUCAAGUACAUCGAGACGGCUGCCGGCUCUCGCCUCCUCGUGUCCGGCUGGUGGGGCACAGCACGCCACAUCAACUACCUCGGCGACUGGUUCAUGAGCUGGUCCUACGUCCUGCCCACCGCCCUCUCCGGCUACGUGAUCCGCAACGUCGCACAGCACCCCAUUCAGGCCGCCCAGAGCGACGCAUACUUCUUCAAGAACAGCUACGGCAAAUACGUCGUCCCUGAUGGCGCCAAGGGCUGGGGCAUGAUCUUCACCUACUUUUUCAUGGUCUACUUUGCCGUUCUGCUUAUUCACCGCGAGCGUCGCGACGAGGAGAAGUGCAGGAGAAAAUACGGCAAGGACUGGGACAGGUACGUAGAGCUUGUACCGUACCGCAUCAUUCCCUACGUGUACUAG